CGAUUUUGCCGCCUAGCGCGCUGUGCCAUCGCCUCUACUGUCCGAGGGUCCGGAACUGGAGGAGAUAGUGGGACUGGCGUCGGCGACGAGCGCUUCCAGUGGUCACGGUGCUCGGGUGAGGACGUCUCCUCAGACCGCCGUCUCUGGGCCGAGGUGUCGGCUGAACGAGGAGGGCCGUCCACUACCUUUCAGACGAGGGUACCCUAGAAGCUUCGUCUUCAACGUCCUGCCACGAUUGCAGCGGUCCAGACCGGGACAAAGGCCGACGGAGGGGCACGAGCUGCGCUGCGUCCACCGGCCGGGUCAGUGGACAGAGCCGGUGGUCCAACAGUGUGUGGACGGUACUGAGCUCUGUUUACCGGAGCCGACCACGGCGGAGGCGGCGAAUAUCAGAUGGAGAUGACAGAUGUGCGUGAAGACCUGGUCGCUCUUCGCCGGGAGGUGUCCGCCCUUCGUGAAGUGGUGGCUGCCCUUCGUGAAGAGAUGUCCGCCCUUCGGGAAGUGGUGGUCCCCCUUCGUGAAAAGGUGACCAUUCUGAGUGAGGUAGUGGCGAAGGACCAUUCGGACACGCAGAAGCUCAAGGCGGAGAACGCCGCACUUCACGGUGCGGUGGUCCGCCUGGAGCAGGCAGUGGUCGAGGAGCGGACCACUCGCCAGACCGUGGUGGAGGAUCUGCGGCAGGAGGUCCGCCGGCGAGCGGCGCCAUCCGGCCGUCCCCAGGGUAAAAUUACAAAAGCGUUUCAUGACGUCAUAGUACAGACGGAGCCGCAGCCACCGGCAGACAGUGAUACCACAGUGCUGAGAGAGGCGCUAAGGACCGUGACGACGUUCGACGCUCCGUCAGACCUUGGCGAGGAUCAGCUGACGGCGCUUCUGCAGAAUCUUCCUCGCUUGGAGGAGCUGACCGUCAGGGUCCCGUCCUUCGGAACGGGGCGGUGGCUGCGGCUGCUGCCGACGUCACUGAGGACGCUAUACGUUACCGGGCCGGAGAUGACGAAGCCGAGGUGGCCGGGACAGUACGGGAGUGGUCUGUCGGUAUCUCUCCAGGGGGUGGCUGCCGACACCAUCAGUCACCUGGCCACGGAGCUGGGGUCACGGAUUACCCUACUAGUCACGGAUGCACAAGUUACUACUAUUCCAAGUCAACUUCGUGGUGCCAUCAUCAGGGUGGGCCCAAACACUAUCAUCCUUCCGGCCGGAGUCGGUGACAGCGAGCUGACGGAGCUGCAGAUCUCACGGGAGACUGUGGAGCGGCUGUCAGUCUCCGCCGCCGACCUCCCGCGACUGAGGGAGCAGCUGCCGGAGGGCCUCAGGCGCCUCAAUGUCAGAGGGCCGAAGGUGACGGAGCCGAGGUGGCCGGAAUGGGACGAGGAUGAUGAUCUGUCAGUGUCGCUCCAGGGGGUGGCUGCCGACACCAUCAGUCACCUGGCUGACCUGGGACGGACGGUCACAGUACUGGAGAUAUACGACUGUCCUGAUCUCACGGCCGGCAGCCUGGAGCCCCUCACCAGGUGCCCUGAGCUGCGAUGCCUAUCAGUCACCGCCGCCGACCUCCCGCGACUGAGGGGACAGCUGCCGGAGGGUCUCAGCUUCCUCAAUGUCAGAGGGCCGGAGGUGACGGAGCCGAGGUGGCCGGAACGGUACUGGGGCGGUCUGUCAGUGUCGCUCCAGGGGGUGGCUGCCGACACCAUCAGUCACCUGGCUGACCUGGGACGGACGGUCAGAGUACUGGAGAUAUACGACUGUUCUGAUCUCACGGGCGGCAGCCUGGAGCCCCUCACCAGGUGCCCUGGGCUGCGGGGUCUCACCCUGUCCGGCGGCGUCCCUGACACCGUGAGCCUGGAGCCCCUCACCAGGUGCCCUGUGCUGCGGGAACUCACCCUGUCCGGCGGCGUCCCUGACGCCGUGAGCCUGAAGCCCCUCACCAGGUGCCCUGAGCUGUGGGUUCUCACCCUGUCCGGCGGCGUCCCUGACACCGUGCUGGACAGUCUCAGCGGCUGCCCCAGGCUGUGGAGACUUACACUGGGGGACCGCCAGCGGCCGGCAGAGACGGCCUUCACAGCAGCAGCGGUCACCAGACUGGUGAAGUCGUGUCGGAAGCUGUGGUCGCUGUACCUUCACUGCACGGCAGACACCACCCGGGCCGUGCUGACCGCCCUGAAGGAGGCGGACCUGCGGGACAGUGAUGGCCGGCCCCGUACCAUCGAUCUCCAUGUCCCCGAGGAGCUGUACGAUCAGCUGAAGAGCCAGGAAGGCGAUGGGGUCGAAGUGUAUGAGUGGGAGGAUUGGAUGCGCUGAACUACCGACCGUGCAGUGAUGAGCUGACUGCAGAGAGGCCGAGCCAGUCGGCCGGGGCCGCCAGCUGACUGCUGCCGUGUGGGCUGCACCAGCCGGCACUGAGAGCGGCGCCGGUCAGCCGGCACACGGCCCCCGUGUCCGCUCUAGUGUAGUCAUGUAGUAGUAGUAGUAGUAGUGUAGAUGUAGUAGUAGCACACUGAUAUGAUUUAGUUGGUAUUUAUCGGGUGGGUAUUGUGGGUAAUUGGACGGGAUAUGUGAUGAAGUGGGUAAUUACCGGGUGGGUGUUGUGGGUAGUUGGCUGGAAGGAUGUGACCUGGUGGGUAAUUACCGGGCGGGUAUUGUGGGUAAUUGGACAGUGAAAAGUGAUGUGACUGAGUGUAGAAACUGAUCGUGACAUUGCGAUAUUUUGUAUAUAGAACCCACAUCUUAGCUUAGCUGUAUAAAUGGGGGCACUCCCGGACCGUCCGACUCGGUUCACCGCGCCUGGUCCCGGCGGCACUGCCGGCCUCGGUCACGUGACCGUCCCCCGGUGGAGUCGGACGGCUCGGUCACGUGACCGCCGUGCCGGCUCGGCUCGGCGGGCAGUCGGACGGGGACGCUGUCUCACCGGGCACCGAGGUGCACAGUAGUGAUGUCAAUUACAGAAAAUCAGAAUACCGAUACCUAACUAAAUACCAACGAAAAUCCCGGGAAAAUACCGAAACCAAACCAACUUGGGAAAAUGAGGGAAA